AUGGCCCCCGGCCCUAGAGCGGCCGGCCGGCCGGCGGGGAACCCCCCGGGGAGCCGGCUCACCAUCGUGGCAGCUCUGUGUCUGUUGCAUGGGGGGCUGUGGCGCUCCGGCGGCCGCUCGCCGGGGCUGAUGAGUGACUGCAGCCCGGCCCGGAGGAAGAUCUGCCGGGGGAGGCGGAGGAGGAUGGCGGCGGCGGGGCCGGUGUGUAAGUGUCCCCGGACCCGGUUGCCCGUGGGGGGAGCCAGUGCCUUGUGUGUCUUUGUCCUUUGCUGGCUCUACAUCUUCCCCGUGUACCGGCUGCCCGACGAGAAGGAGGUCGUGCAGGGGGUGCUGCUGCAGCAGGGCAAGGCGUGGAGGAGCAACCAGACCGCAGUCACCGGCUUCAGGAAACAGCUGGAAGACUGUUGUGACCCUGGUCAGCUCUUUGCUAUGACAAAACAGAACUCUCCGCUGGGAAAGAACCUCUGGUUUGAUGGGGAAUUUUUACAUUCUGUCACUAUUGACAAUGCAACUUACUCCCUUUUCCCACAGGCUACCCCAUUCCAGCUCCCAUUGAAGAAAUGCUCCGUGGUGGGAAAUGGUGGGAUUCUGAAGAAGAGUGGCUGUGGCAGACAAAUAGAUCAAGCAGAUUUUGUCAUGCGAUGCAACCUUCCUCCUCUGUCAAGUGAAUACAGCAAGGAUGUUGGAUCCAAGACCCAGCUGGUGACGGCUAAUCCCAGUAUAAUUGAGAAAAGAUUCCAGAAUCUGCUUUGGUCUAGAAAAACCUUUGUGGAUAGUGUUAAAGUCUAUAACCAUAGCUACAUCUAUAUGCCAGCCUUCUCUAUGAAGACAGGGACAGAGCCAUCCCUACGGGUUUACUACACCCUGGAGGACUUUGGUGCCAACCAAACGGUGCUCUUUGCCAAUCCCAACUUCCUCCGUGACAUUGGCAAGUUUUGGAAGAGCAGAGGAAUCCAUGCCAAGCGGCUUUCAACAGGUCUCUUCCUUGUCAGCGCAGCCCUAGGUCUGUGCGAAGAAGUAACCAUUUAUGGCUUCUGGCCUUUUUCAGUGGACCUGCAUGGGAGGUUUAUCAGCCAUCAUUACUAUGACAAUGUGUUGCCUGAUUCUGGGUUCCAUGCCAUGCCAGAGGAGUUUCUACAGCUCUGGUUUCUUCAUAAAAAUGGUGUCUUGAGAAUGCAGCUAGAACAGUGUGAGGCCCCUUUACUCCAGUCCUCUGCUUAAGGACCAUAAGGAAGGGCAUGGAGGAGCCUCUUUGUUUUAAUUUUCAUAGUCUCCAAAAAGAAAAUUAAAAGAGAAAGGGGGAAAUAUUUAUGGAUUUGCAGAGCUCUUAAAGAUGCUACUUGUUCCAUUGAUAAUGUGAAGGCCAAACAAGAGACACGUCCUUACACACAGUGUUUUGGAGAAAUAAGUAGGUCUCAUGGAAUUCAUUCUGCAUAAUUAUGAAAUUACUGUUGGAAGCAGCACCCCUGAACCUGAUUGGUUCCCAUUUGAAAAGAUCAAUUUAAAAGGGGCAUUAAGGAUUGGACACAGGCUAACUGUGCUAAAUACUACUCGCUGUUGAAAGUCCUUUUAAUUCCAGAAUAGCACGACCCCCUUUCUUGCCUUCCUUUCUUACUACCUUCCUUCAAGCCAGGAGUGCUGAAUGUCACCAGCUCCCAGUGACUUCAGGGGAUGGAGCUGAGGGUGCUUAGACUCUGGUGAAACCGUGCCCAGUUUUUGUAAUCCCUGAAUAUUGGAAAACCCCCACCUAACCAGAGUAUUUAGCAGUGAUAGUCCAGAACUCUGCAGUUUACAACCAUGUUAAUGUAGCAUUAUGGACUAGAGAUGGUUGAAAAAUGGAAAUACAUUUUAAUGAAAUGCUGGCAAAUUCUUCGGGAAAUGUUGAAGCUAAAAACAAUUCAAGUAGCUUGGUUUUGGCCUAUUGUUGUAGAAUAGUAAGUUUUGUAAUAAGGGCUGCUCUUGACCAAUUUACUGUAUGUUCUUUGAGUCUCAUUCUGUAUUCCUUCUUACGUCAAAUGCUCACUGAUCUCAAUGGGAGUUUGAGGCGCACAAAGAUAUGCAGGCCCAAGUUCUUAAUUUACUUGUACUGCAGACGGUACACAGUGAGUAUAGGUGUCUUUUAAAAUUUGUUAAAGCACUGAAAAUCCUUUUUCCUUGAAGCCAUGUUUUGUUUGUGCGAUUAGAUCCCUUCCUGUCUAUAUUGCAAUGCUGGCCGUAAAGUCUUAUUUUUUAUUUUUCUCCCUAGAUCAUCUCUGGUCCAGGAUAUUGUUUGGGAAAAAACAACCAGCCUUUGGGAGCACUCUUUAAAAACUACAUAGUGAGCAAAGAGUAAAUGUCCCUGUCAGGUGCUUACAUAACACAGUCACUCUCCUUGAAAUCAGUGAGUUAUGUAAGUCUGUACAUUUCACUUAGGCUGUUCUAGCCUUUUCAUGGCUUCACAGACUGUUUUCAUUUUGUUUAUUCCUCAGCUGGCCCAUGGUCCUGGAACCUUUCUAAUGCACUGUAAAUUAGUACUCUUAUUUUUAGGACUGUGACAAAAAUAAAAUAUUGGAACGACAUCUUUGUCACAAUUUCGGCUGCAAGAUUAGCCUUUUAAAUUCAGAUCUGCAUCCUUGUUGCUCUCUGCUCCAACACUAGCAGCUACAAACUGUCAAAACAGCAAUGCUUUUUUGGGGGAGGGGGGGGAAAGAGGGUAUGUCCUGUCAUGCUUUGAUGUUUUUAUUUUUAGUUUCAGCUGCCUGCAAUAUGGAAAUAAUAAUUUAAAAAAUCCCUCAAAUGUCUGUGUAGGACAGAAACAGAGAAAUCUUCACACUUCUGAAAUUUUUAACUGUACAUUUCAGAAUAAAAUCAUUUUAAUUAUUAAUAUUCCAGAACAUGAAAUGGGCAUCAUUAUUUAGGUUUACAGUCCUAAAAGAAGGUUGGAGAUUAUUUGGAUUACAUAGUGUUUUAGAAAUUUGUAUGAUCAAAUUUGACUCGGUUCUAUAUUUUGCUUUAUCUUUGUCUAUAUUAAGAAGGUACAAUCAACAAAUCUGAUAGAAUGCUGCAUAACCUGGUAAUUCUUUCAUCAUGGACCUGUUCAUUUUAUUUAUGCAAGGCUAUUCAGUAAGGAAGGAUUUCAGAGAAUCAAAUAAUUUCUUUACUGCAAACUGUAGCAAAUGUUACUGAACUGUUUUUUUCUUGGACCAGAAUUGAUAGCUGUCGUUUUAUUGUACAUGUCAGGACUGCCAAGUAUUUCUUGAGAAAUUGCUGUCUGUAGGAAUGUUAAACAGUUUGGAAUUCUGUUCUCCCAUGCUUUGGGGAAAUAAUCUGAUCAGGGUCAUGAGAAAAUCAGUAUCUUCACUGGAAAACUUAGUACGGUGGUUCGUACCUUAUGGCUUGGAGAUACUGAUGGGAUCCUCAGCAAUUGUCUUGUACAUGGGGGACAUCCCAUUCCCUCUCUUUUUAUUAAAGCAGCAGACUUACUGAAUCUUUUCCUAAUAAUCUUUAUGGGUCCUUCCUGACAUUUGAAAUCUAUCAUACUGAAUCCUGAGAGAUCUCCUAUAAAAUGCUGAGGGAACCAGGGAGGCCCAAGGUACACUUAAAAUCUUCAUUCCUAUACUGGGACUAUUAACCAGUUCUCGCUGUAUUCCCUAUUUAAGAAUAAGGAAUAUUGCUGCACCCAGUAAUAUCUCUACCCAUAAAUUUCUAAAGGCUUAUCUACAUGAACAUUUAGUUCACGACGAGCUGGCAUGUGAAUCUAUCCCCUGCUAACCCAAUGCACACUAAGUGUCCACCUAGACCCUGCUGCAGUGCACUAAAAACUCCCUCGUGUGCUUUUGAUCUACCCUGAAGCAUAAUUAAAGUUCAGAAUUCCAGAUACAGACUUCCUUUUUUAGGCUGCAUGGGUUUGUUUGUGUUUUUGUAGUGACCAGGCAGAAGGCUGCCAUGUUGCAGGAAAAGCUACCUGUCACUGUCCCCGUGGUUGCUGCAGCUGCUGUGUGGGAAGAGAGUACAGGUUUAUAACUGAAAGGGAAGUCAUGCCACAAUGAAGAAGUUGUUGAAAUCCUAGGUCCCCCCUCAUAUAUCACCUCCAACAAGCUAAUAUCCUGUGUUACUGUCUCCUUCAUGAAGGCAACUUCAAGCUUUAGGUAGAUGGUGAUGAUGAAGAAGAAAGCAUUCCACCCUUCUUCCCCUAGAUAACUACACUAUGUCUCUGCAGCAAGAGCGCUCUUGUGGUUAGAAGAAUGUUGUUAGGCCAUUGCACUUGGUAUUGGAAAAAGUGAGGGCCUCCUUGUCACACAGUUUGGCUCAGUUGGUGAGGUAUGAGAGAGCUCACAUAGAGUUCCUGUUGAUGCCACUACAGAUUAAGUGUAGACUCUCUCUCUAAGGAACUCUCUUUAAGUUUCUUUAAAGUUUCAGUAGUUUGUGGUUUUGGGAAAUAGGACAACAUAACUUCAGAGGCACAAAACAAACUUCUCCUCUUGGUUCUGCAGGGAGGAACUCUAUUGCAGGGGUCAGCAACCUUCGGCACAUGGCCCAUCAGGUAAUCCGCUGGUGGGCUGUAAGACG